AUGUGCGGCAUCUUUGGUUACUGCAGCUUCUUGAAGGAGAAGGAACGCAAGGAGAUCGUUGAAAUCCUCUGCAGCGGCCUCGCUCGCCAAGAGUACCGCGGGUACGACUCCUGUGGUAUUGGUAUCGAUGGCGACAAGAAAGACGAGGUCUUUUUCUUCAAGGACGUUGGCAAGGUCGCCGGCCUCCGGAAAACCAUCGCUGAAUCGAAGGCGGACUUCUCGAAGACGUUCGCCUCUCAGGUCUCCAUCGCUCACACCCGCUGGGCUACCCAUGGCCCGCCUUCCCACAUCAACUGCCAUCCUAUCCGCUCCGACCCCACUAACGAGUUCAUCGUCGUCCACAACGGUAUCGUCACCAACUCAAACGCCCUCCGCCAGGUGCUCCAGAAGCGCGGCUAUAAGUUCGAGUCCGAGACCGACACUGAGGCCGUCGCGAUCCUCGCCAAGUAUAUCUACGACUCGCAGCCCGAGAAGCGCAUGUCCUUCACGUCGCUCGUCAAGGCCGUGUUGAAGGAGCUCGAGGGCUCGUUCGCGUUCGUCUUCAAGUCCAUCCACUAUCCGAACGAGGUCGUUACCGCUCGCCGUGGCUCUCCUCUUCUGAUCGGUGUCAAGACCGACAAGAAGCUCAAGGUCGACUUCGUUGAUGUCGAACUCUCUGGUGCGGAUGCUGAGAGGCAGACGAUUGAUUCUCUUGCUCCCAAGGAUCCCGCUUCUCUCCUUGCUCCUCCUACGCAGCCCAAAAUGUCGCGCCGCCAGUCCCGCAACUUCAUGUCCGAGGAUGGCCUACCCCAGCCCAUCGAGUUCUUCAUCGCCUCUGAUGCUGCUGCCAUCGUCGAGCACACCAAGCGCGUUCUCUACCUCGAGGAUGACGACAUUGCUCACAUUGCCGAGGGCCAGCUCCACAUCCACCGCCUCCGUCGCGACGACAACGACAAGCCCGAUCUCCCCUCCACCCGUAACAUUGAGACGCUCGAGAUCGAGAUCGCCGCCAUCAUGAAGGGCAAGUUUGACCAUUUCAUGCAGAAGGAGAUCUUCGAGCAGCCCGAGUCCGUCGUCAACACGAUGCGUGGUCGUGUCAACUUCGAGGGCCACAAGGUCACCCUUGGUGGUCUCCGCGCCUACCUCCCCUUCAUCCGUCGCUGCCGCCGUAUUGUAUUCUGCGCGUGCGGUACCUCCUACCACUCUGCUCUCGCUACCCGUGCUAUCUUCGAGGAGCUCACCGAGAUCCCCGUCGUCAUUGAGCUUGCUUCCGACUUCCUUGACCGUAAGACCCCCAUCUUCCGUGACGAUGUCUGCGUUUUCGUCAGCCAGAGUGGCGAGACCGCCGACACCAUCUUGGCACUCCGCUACUGCCUCGAGCGUGGCGCCCUUUGCGUUGGUGUCGUUAACUCCGUCGGCUCGACACUCUCUCGCGAGACCCACUGUGGUAUCCACAUCAACGCAGGCCCUGAGAUCGGUGUUGCCUCUACGAAGGCGUACACAUCCCAGUACAUCGCUCUAAUGUUGAUGGCUCUGCAGCUGUCUGAGGACCGUAUCUCGUUGUCUGAACGUCGCAACAGCAUCAUCCAGGGCCUGUAUGAGCUGCCCAACCAGAUCAAGGCUGUCCUCGACGUCGACAAGAGCCUCCGUGAGCUUGCUGGUAGUGUCCUCGCCAACCAACGCAGUCUGCUGCUCAUGGGUAGAGGUUACCAGCAUGCUACCUGUCUUGAGGGCGCCCUCAAGAUCAAGGAAAUCAGCUACAUGCACUCUGAGGGUAUCCUUGCCGGCGAGCUGAAGCAUGGUCCUCUCGCGCUCAUCGACGAGAACAUGCCCGUUAUCAUCAUCAUGACGCAGGACUCGCUGUACCCUAAGGUGCAGUCUGCAUUCGCGCAGAUCACAGCCCGCAAGGCGCACCCGAUCGUCAUCUGCAACGAGGGCGACACCGACGUCAAUGCCGAAUACUUUAUCCGCGUGCCCAAGACUGUCGACUGCUUACAGGGCCUGCUUAACAUCAUCCCUCUGCAGCUGCUGUCGUACCACCUUGCGGUCAAGAAUGGUUUCGACGUUGACUUCCCUCGUAACUUGGCCAAGUCUGUCACGACUGAGUAA